CCUCUACCCUCUCCCCUCUCCCCUCUCCCCUCUCCUAAACGCGCACACACUAAUACAGGUAUGCAGCUUCUAUCGUUGAUGCCUACUUGCAAGUUCAGGGCCUAUUCCCUGUCAGCAAAGGGAAAUAUGAAGCGAGGAGAAGGACAAAGCCCAGUUGGGGAAAGGCAAAAACAAGUGAGGUUUCUUAAAAGCUGGGCUUCACCUCUAAUGGCUGCACUUGUAGCCUUAUCUCCCGUCUUAAAUCCGCCAGGUACACACCUCUCAGUCAGCUUUUAUUCUUCACCUCCUAAAAUUCAAAUGCCCUUGAUUUUUCGUCAAAAUACCGGAAUGCCAUUUGGAACACUUCCCAACGUAUAUUACAUGCUAAUUCCUCAUGCAAUUCUAUUUAAUUAG